AUGGGUUCUUCUAGAGGUGAUUCAACAUCAUGGUAUUGUGCUAUACUUUUAUUGGGUAUGAUAUUAUUGGGAUCAAUAAGAGAAAGUACUGUGGCGGAAGGUGAAUCGUCAGAAGUAAGAGGGAACCAGUUUGGAGAUAACAAGGUUUGUGAUGAGAUAUAUGUCGUGGGAGAAGGUGAAACACUUCAUACAAUAAGUGAAAAGUGCGGUGACCCGUUUAUUGUGGAGCGGAAUCCACAUAUCCAUGACCCGGAUGAUGUUUUUCCUGGUCUUGUUAUUAGAAUCAUCACACCGACCAAUACUAAGUUUUUGAAAAGAUAA